GUGCAUACGAACAAGCAGAUAAGCAUCGAUUUGUUAAAUAUAGUACUCUUCUCAGUUUUUACUUUCAACUUCUAAAUCUCACGAACACAAUGCGUAAGAUGCCAGAAGCGUUAACUUGACCAAACGGACAUACAUAUUCUGUUCGUACUUCUUUACAUUAAGCGUUGGAAAAGUCUCAACAAUACAAAUGAGUGGUUUGCAAAUGACAGUUGGUAUUCUGUAUUUGGUCGUGGUUCUUUUUGUAGAAAAGCUAUAUGGAACACCUGCUUUUCUUGGAGGAGCGAUGACAUUUACGUUAGAAGACAAUCCUAACGGAACUGUAAAGGCUCACAUGCAGGUAUUGGCCGGAUGGCGGCUAGGUACUGGUCCGUGUGGAUGGAAUUGUUCACGACUACAUACGAACCAACCAACGAAUCGUCAGCUUACGGAGUCCACAGUCGCAAAUAGUUCUUUUUUUGGGCAUUAUACUAAAAAUAGACUUGCUCUAAACAAAGAUGAAAUAAAUUCAUUCAAUGAAACAAUUAUUUCCGUCAAUCAGAAACUUGGAUGGGAGCAAGAAGUGAUGACAUUUUUUGUAGAACUACACCCGAAUGCAGAAUCGGAGAAAGUGGUAUACCAUGGUCAAAGCUGGAUAAACUUAACAAUACAGGGACACGAUAUAGCAUGGAAUUUCCAAACAACUAUAAAUACAAACAAACGAAAUGAUACUCAAAAGAGAAAUCGAUCCCCAAAGAUAAAGCUCAAUCCAUAUUACAGGAUUGACUUCGAUCAAACAUCGUUUAUAGAUUUGCCUGUUGUGGAUGACGAUGACGACCGAAUACAAUGCGAAUUACCGGCAGCAUUGGAGAUCGGUCAAAUUAAUAAAAAACAAGUGCUAGGAAUAUUAAUUUUCGAGAACUGUACGGUAAAGAUCGAUGCGACAUCACAAAACAAUUAUAAGGAAGACGAUUGGAUUGCAGUGACAGUAGAGGUUAAAGAGAGAAACAAAUAUGCUAUAAUGCUUGGUUCAAAAUUGGCACCCCCUUCUCAAGCAAUUUUAAGUAAAUUUCAAAUUCAGUUUGCUGUGCAUGUUCAACGGAAUUCGCCGACGCCAAUGUUUGUGAUGAAAACACCCAAGCCGAUGCAUUCCUUUUAUCUCUACGCCGGAGCAACGUGGAAUACGGACAUGUUUGCUGAGUCACCCGAUGGAUUUGUGAAAGAAUUCAUCGCUUCUGGAACGAUGCCUAAUACAUGGGCAAUUUCGGAUGUUAAACCUGACUCGAUUGGGCGUCCGAAUACAUUUCAGUCGAGCAUAAAACUUGCGGAUCCAAUGUACGAAACUGGACAAAACAUAGCUUGCAUUACGGCGGUGAACGAAAAUGGUGAAGAGUCUCUUGAAACAAGGUGCUUUCGGAUAAUUGUUAAAGAUGCACAUUUCAACUACACGACAAGAAGAAGUGAUAUUGACAAGCCAUAUUUCGUCUACAUGCCCGCGCCAAACGGCAGUGUCAAGUGCCCUAUUGAUGACACAUGUAUAAUACCAAUUUACGUUAAAUCGAAAAGAAACGUGGACAUAAUAGAAUUUACUACAAGUGACAUGGACCACACCGAUGUACUUCAACCAAUUGGUAAUAUAUCAUUCAAUGGCGAAUAUGUCUACAAAACCGACUUAUCAGUGCGCAAUUCUCUAAACGGGGAAGUAAACGUUUGUCUUCAAGCCACCGAUGACAUGGGGACAAAAAGCGAUGAGUUUUGUCUAAAAUUUGUAAUCAUCUCUCCAGAUCCAUGCAUAUCGGCCCCGUGUGGGGGUAAUGGACAGUGCAUAUUCAGAGAAGAUACCGGUACAUUUACUUGCCACUGUAAGGAUGGGAUAACAGGACGAUUUUGCGACACAAUUUUUUGUGAUCACACUACAUGCGUGCAUGGUCAAUGUACAAAAAAUGGUGCCUGCCUCUGUGUCGAUGAUGGAUAUAACCCAAGCGACUAUUUUGGACCUCACUGUGCAGAGAAAAUAAACGAUUGUCAAAAUAGAACGUGCAAUGAUAACGGAAUUUGCGAAGAUAGAAAUAACAACUACACUUGCCAUUGUUUUGGAGGAUUCGUUGGAAAAGACUGCAAAACAAAUACAUGCGUCAAUGCAUCUGCAAGUGACUCCUGUGUUAAUGAUAAAUGCACAGACGACCUUUGUUUAAAUCAAGGAGUCUGCUCUAGCGGUGUUUGCUAUUGUGGAAUUGGCUACUCGGGAGCUCGAUGCGAAAACAUCCUUGACAUCCGACCUAGCACUGCAUCAAACAGUGAUGUUCAGAUUAUCAAACCUACAUUGUCAAAUGGAAGCAUGAUUCAUUGCAGUGAAAGAAAUUACGUUGUGCACGAGUGCGUUUUUGAUGUCUACGUAACAUAUUUAUCUGGAAUCAACAAUUUAAAAGUAAGCAAUACAACAUCUGCUGACCUUGCCCAGAACGUUCGAUGCACCAACUUUAGACAGUCGUCGCUGUUUCAUGGUAUUUCGUCAACGUAUGUCAUGCGUUGUUACUUAAAUGAAACCACCAUUCAUCAAAAGGAUGGGCACUAUGUGUGUUUAACGGUAGAAGCUGGUGAACACGCGGAUGAUACAGUGUGUUAUGAAAUCGAAUUCGUGCCUGCUCCGAUUAGGACGAAAAGAGAAGCCCGAUCACCAUCAUUUGAGCUGCCCACACCUUUGACGGGAAGCAGAUUUCAAGUCGUUGCAAACGAGAGGAACACAAUUCUUUUAUUCACAACUCCAAACAACAGCGUUUGCGAAAGGCUUCAACCAACUUCAUCAUUCAUCCACCUUUUGCAGCCUGUAAAUACAACCGAUUUCGAUGAUAAUUUCGUGUGCUUGCUUGAGAUGGUUGUACAAUUCAAUAAAGCCGGAAGCGAAGUGAUAGUGCUCAAAUAUGGAAAUGACGAGCGGAUCUAUACAUUCCUUGUCACUGAUGAAAACGUAAAAGGUCCCUGUGAGUCACCCAACAUAUGUCAAAAUGACGGGGUUUGUUUUGCACGUGCAGAAAAUAACACUAAGUGUAUUUGUGGAAAAUAUUAUAUCGGACGUUCGUGUGAAAGAGGGCCCUGUCAUAAUACGAAUACAUGUCAAAAUGGAGGACACUGUUUUGUAAAUAAUAGCGUAACCACUUGCGUUUGCAGGCCAGGUUAUGACGGACAAAUUUGCUCAAACGAUAUAGUAGCUAAAACAUUACAAGAAAACACUUGGCCUGUAAUCGACAGAACAUCCGGUAUUGUAAGAAACAUAUUUUGCAUCGCCGGAAAAGAGUGUGAAGUGUAUGCAUUUGUUAUCUACAGUUCAAGACCGCAAGUUGCGCUUGCGUAUACGAGCAAAGGCAUCGAUGCGAGUGUGGAAAUCUUUGAAAGACAUUCAAUGCGUGGAAUAUAUCAAGUCAGAAUUGGUAUGGUACCCAAGCUUGCUGUAAAACACACGGUGUGCUUGCAGACAUUUGAUAAUGUUCGAACUAACAAAGACGAAGUUUGUUUUGAUGUCAAUGUGACGCAAGAUACGAAUGAUGGCUACGUAUCGAAGGAUACACCACAUUUCGUAUCACCAAGUCUUCAAAGUGAUUCCGUUGUCGAAUGUGUUACUGGUGAACAGUGUCGCGUAUCAUAUACAGCAAAUCCAGGGCAUGGAAAUGAAACUAAGUGCAUAUCAGCGUCUUUGUCUACAGAUGUACCUAUUAUUCCAUUUGAACACGUCAUAUACUCGAGCUGUGAAUUAUGCGAGGACGACAAAACGGCUAAUAAAAGCUGCACAUUCGACGUUGUUUUUGUUCCAACAUCUUACAUAACUGAGGAAAAGAAAAUUUGCCUGACAUUAAGUUCGAGCAAAUUUCCACAGAUCGAGGGUGAAAAGCGAUGUUUCAAGGUCGCAAAUGAUAUUCGCGCACGUGGUAUUGGUUGCCAGAAAUUACAAUGCCUGCAUGGAGGAUUUUGUGACGGACACGAAGCGGAUAAACCAGUUUGCUAUUGUAGAAAGGGAUACUCUGGAACAAAGUGUGAAAUUUCUAGUGCGGAUACCAAUAACAAUACAUGUGUAAAGCAAUUCCUCGGGAAGAAUACUUUAAACUUUAGCUGCCAAGUCGGCGAAACAUGUUCCUUCCCAGUUGAAGUAUGUGGCGCAAAUAGUAUGACCAUGGAGCUGACUUACGAUUCAGCUUUAAUCGAUGUGACAAUGGAUGCGGACACUAUCACCGGAAUAAAUAGUUGUUGCCAGUUUCGGAAAGUUCAUGUGAAAGCCAACAGUGCAGGCCCUCGUAUGCUAUGUGUACAAAUGUCGAAUUCUUCUGGAACUAUCGAAGAUGAAGUUUGUCUUCAGGCGCAAAUAAACGAUGGUUCUCCAGUGAAUAUUGAUAAGACAAAGCCACACUUUGUGCACCCAACUUUGCCGAAAACCACAACGUUUGUUUGCAGAGUUCGAAAAGUCUGCCAUAUAUUGAUGUAUUAUGUGAAAAGCGAUAUUGAACAAACUUCAUCAUGUCCAGCCCUGAAAGACACCAGUCCAAAUGAUAUUGAAGGUCUUCAUGUUUUUCAACCAGAAGUGUCAAACGACUACUGCGUCUCCGAUGUUUCAUUUAAUUAUAAUCAUACAGGAACGUUUUCACUGUGCCUGCAAGUGUCGGUAACAAGUAAAAAGGGCGAAGAGAGAUGCUUCCAACUAAAAGUCGUGGAGGAUGCAAAUGUUCCUAAAGAAAUCGGUCAUUGUAAAGGCAUCACAUGCUUUGGAAAAGGUGUCUGUGUCGCAAAUUUUAACAACACGCAGAAUUGCUCAUGCCCCGAAGAUUAUGAAGGACCAGAUUGCAGUAUUUAUUUUGGGUGCCCUGAGCGAUUUUGUCAAGAUCAAGGAGCAUGCGAACGUGGAAUAUGUUACUGUUUAAUGGGUUUUACUGGGAGUCAUUGCGAAACAGCGAUCCAGCCUAGCACAAGUACAGGCACACAUGCGGAGGUAACAAUUUUAGAACCAACGCUAGCCAAUGGAAGUAUGAUUCAAUGUCCCGGCAAUGACGAUUGUAUGUUUGAUGUAUACUUUACUUCGCGUACCGGCAUACAAGAUAUAACGGUGAGCAACACAUCUACUGCUAGUCUGGCUCAGAAUGUACGAUGUCCUGAGUUUCUCAACUCGACGAUCCUUUACGGUCUUCUGACAUUGUAUGUCACACGGUGUUAUAUACCUGUCGACAAAACCCCGGCUGGAGAUUACUACUCGUGUAUUAAAAUCUCGGGAAAGCACAACUCAUAUGAUACGGUGUGCUAUGAAAUCGUAAUUGGUAAGUGCACUAGAAAUAUAUAUAUUGAAUAAUGCUUUAAUUUUAACAUUUACAAUAUGAUGCUUUAAAUAACAUGCGAUCAAAGAUCAAUUCUUUCUUUCAAUAUAAUAUGCACUAACACGAGAACGAUAUUUCCAUUACAGGUGGUGGACAUGUAAGUAUAAUUAUUGUUUAAAGAAUUAUUGAAAGUUAUGUUCGAUGCAUAAUCACGUUAUAGUUGUGUUCAUGACAAUUUCGUUUUUGGAUAUAUAUUCAAAGGCUUCGUUUUGUUCUAUUUAAUAGGAGUUAACUUUUAUAAAGCGUCUGUUAAAAAAUGCUUAGAUUAAACAGAAUAAACACCACAGAGGCUUGGUAGCAUUCAUAAAUACACACGAUGUCGAUUUACUUCAUAGGCAUCACAUUAUAUGUAAAGCAUGUUAUGCUGUUGUUAUAUUUGUAACAAAUAGAUAUCCAUGCACUCGUUUCGGCGUAGUUAGGUUUUUAAAUACACCCUUUCUUUCAAGACGCGUAAGAAAAGAUCGACGCCAUCAUUCAUUUAUCCGUCGCCAUCUCCUGAAAGCAUUCUUCGAAUGGACAUUAACAAACAACACACUGUAGUGUUGUACACUUCACCGCUCAAUGACGGAAAAUGCGGCAUUGUCAAAUCAACAUCAGCGAAUGUGCAUUUCAUGCCUCCAAACAAAGUUCCAUCGUUUGGAAAUACAACUGUAUGUCUGACGCUCAUGAUUGCGCAGUUUAAUGAGUCUGCCACUUCAACAGUAUGUCUUAAAUACGAGCAAGGGCAAGAUCUGUACUUGAAGUUCGUGGCGUUUGAUGGAAAUAUUAAAGAUAUGUGUGCAUCUGAAAGCAAUAAGUGUCAGCAUGGUAUUUGUGUUUCGACGGACACAAAUAAAUAUAAAUGUGUCUGCCAUGAUAACUAUGUUGGUGAAAAUUGUGAGACAGAAAGACCUGCGCCGUCGAAAAAUUGCGGAAACUCAAACGGCAAGUGGCGAUUGCACUACAGCACCAACAAAAGGAACUACUGUCAACGAUCAGAUCGGUCCUGCUGGCGUAGCCACUGCAGUAAAUGGUAAUUUUAUGUGUAAUCACAAAUCGUAUAUAUGUUAACUUAAACCAGGUUAUCAUAAUGGCUCAUAUUAGUUGUGUUCAUUUGGUGUUUAACGAAACAUGUUUCUUACCAAAUUACAUGUAUUAAAAUGUAACAGUUAAAUUAUGAUGUUUUUUAUACAUAUUGGAAAACAGUUUUAAGUUGCAAGUUAUAUUUGAUUUUAAAAGAAGUGAAAUUAAAUUUGCAAUUUCUGAAACUUACUACUUUCUUUUUGAUUACAGGGGCAGCAGUAAGUACAUUUAAUACAUUAUCACAGACUAAAAAUUACACUGUAAGGUACAAUAUUAUUUUCAGUAAUAGGUGUAUGGGCAAACUUUAAAGUACCGAAUUUAAUAAGCUGACGUCAAUAAUAUUAAAAUAUAGCAUAACAAGAUAAAGACACAUACGACGGUAUCAGAAGAUAUUAUAUACUUUUUAAUUUUUUGACACUUAAGAACUCAAAGGGCAUAACUGAUACGAACACUGUGUCUGAUGAGGAACCACCGAAAGCUAGCGGAUCCAUUGCGCAGACGGCAGGAAUUGGUGCCGGGGGUCUUGCCGGCGUCUCCGUGGUAGGGGUUGCCAUCUUCAAGAUUAUCUCCAUGAAGAAAAGACAGAGUAACAAGGUGGAGGAUGAAGCAUAGGCAAACUUGCUAAAGACAAUGUUUCGGACACUUCGUUGUUUAACUUAAGAGUACUUAAAGUCGUGUUUAAAACCGGAUAAAACUAUUUGACAGAUGUAUACCUUAUACAUUUAAAUAUGAACAGUAGAUAGUGUAUUAUUGCAUUUUUAAAGUGGCUAUUUAAUUAAUCAUUGAGAAUAAUAGUUUGAUUAAAUAAAAUAGAUUAAAGCGGGUAUAUACGAUUUAGUCAAAUAUUUAUGAAUUUAUAUAAACUGUGUAAAAAACUUAUUAUAUACAUAUUUCAAUAUAAAUUAAAAUAAAAGUUAAGAAGAACAUGUGUCGAAAGUUCGAAAUAAGCCAGAUAUUUAAUUCUGAAAUUGAAAACGGCUGUACAGCCGAAUUCGCCAGCAUGUAUACCAUACAUGUACGAUGUGCAUCUAAACUUAGUUUAACGGUUUAUUUGAAAUUCUGCAACGAUAUCUAUUCAUACGACACACGAACACUAUCUCCGAUCCUAAUACAAAGACGAAUGCUUCGGUUAUUGUAGGAAAAUAUGUACGUCACUAUCGGCUCGGGGCGCUAAUUUGUCUUUGCUGCAUUUUAUAAAAUUCGGCUUUAAUGUACAAUUUUUCUUGCCUAUUUUGUGUUAUUGUAACAUAUUUUAUCAAUAUAUUACAAUUAAACACAUAUAAAAAAUCGUAUAUACCCGCUUUAAACCAGAUUAAAUCAGA